AUGGGGCUGCGGUCGGGCGAGGCCAAGGAGCUGGCAGGCGCUGCCGAGCUCUUGAAGGCCACCGCCCACGGAGCUGCGCACGGAGCAGCGGCAGGCGGCGGCCCCAGGCAGGUUGUCGCGGCAGCCGCGGCCGCAGCUGCGCGCACGGUUUGGGCGCUGCUGGGCGGCAGCGACGCGGCGCGCGCCGAGGAGGACCUCGAGCUCGCCACGCGUCAGGCCGCCAUGGAGCCGGCUACGCGCCAGCAGAUGCGGGGCGCGCGGCCUUGCAGCAGGGACCGCGCCUUGCGCAACGUCUGCGCGCGCGUCGACCUCGGCAAGGGCGUGGAGGUCCUGCAGGAGGCCCUCUCUCGGCCGCAGGGCGCGCAGCGCGGCGAGGCAGCUGUGAUUUCGGUGCAGGCCGCGCCCGACCUCGGGCCGCUCCGGGGCGGAGGCAGGCGGCAGGCGGCACCGGUGGGCUCUGGGCCGCAGGAGGGCGACGGCAGCGGCUGUAGCCUCAGCACGGUCGGCAGCGAGCAGGAGCUGGAGGACGUGCUGAAGGGCCGAGCAGCGCAGCCGCGAGCCGUCCGAGCGCGACGGUCGGGCGAGCUGCGCGACGUGGACGGGCACGGCGACGCCGAGCAGAGGCGGCGGCGCGGCGUGAACUGGGGCGACGGCGGGUCGGAGGGAUCUGUGCAGAGCGUGAAGAUUGGGCGGCAGGCCUUGCCCGCGCAGCGUGCGGUCGCCUGCGUCCUGGCCACGCAGCUUCGGCUCAUCGGGAGCACGGUGUCCAGCUCCUCUGCCUUCCUUUCUCUCGGCGGCUGCGUGAAGAACGCCGCUCGGGUCGUGGAGAUGCUCGAGAAAGGGUUCGGUGUCACGCUUCCUAGCUCGGCCGAGUCCGACCUGCUGCUCGCUAGGGCGGGUUGGCAGACGGCGCAAGACAUCGCCGACCAAGUGCAGCGCAGGGUCGACUUGAGCACGCGGCGCAGCCCCGCGGCCUGCGCGGCAGUGGCCAUGGCGAGGUCCCCGUGCAGUGGCGGCAGCGGCAGGCGCUGCAAGUCCUACUGGAUGUGCAGCUGCGGCGAGUGGAACUGGGACUGGCGCACCUCUUGCCUGGGCUGCGGGCAUGCGGCCCCGCCAUGGGCGACGGGGGCAGCCCGCGGAGCGGCCUCGCGGGCAGCAUCCACCAAGUCGCAGACCUCGGCCUCGGCAGCAAGUGGGACGCCCAGCGGUGGAGGCGCCGCGGCGAUCGAGAGGCUCCAGGCGGCCGUCGAGCAGCUCGAGGCGCUGCAGGCAGAGCCCCCCGACGGAGUGGAUAGCUGCUUCACCGACAUCGUGGUCAGCCAGCUGGAGGCGAAGCGUGCGGAGCUGGUCAAGGCGAACGCCAUCAGCAAGGGCGAAAAGCGGCUCCGGGCAGCCCGCCAGGAGCUCGAACAGAAGCAGGAGGCGCGCGACCUCGUCGAGGCCCAGCUCCACCAGGCCCAGGAGAAGCUUACGGAGCUCGACGGGGAGUUGGAGGAGGCGAGCCUGGCGCUCCAGGCGCUCGAAGAAGCAGCCCGCGAGGAAGCCGAGGCGAUGCGCCGCCAGCGCGCAGCCGAGCGGACAGGAGCCAGCCAGGUACCAGGGCUCCUCAUGCAGCUGGAGAAGUUGCCAGAGGCGUGGAGCACCAGCAACUUCGAGGUGGCCUGGGCGGCCAUUCGCGCCCAGAUGGAGGCAGUGCGGGCGCAGCUCGAGGGGGCACCAUUGGCCUCCAAACGCACGCCGUGGGCCGAGUCCUGCCCCAUGGAGGAGAUCAGCAGCCACGUUGGCGGUCUCGCGGACGGCGGCGGCGUCUGGCAGCCCCAGCCAGCAGCGGAGCGAGGCCAAGCCGAGCGGUGCGGCAAGGCGCUGGGCGAGUGGCCAACGUUGGCCCAGGCGUGCAAGCGGGAGCUGGCGGCAGAGGCAGCGGACCUGGCUCCCCUGGCUGCUCAUCCUGCUGGCAAGGUCGUCGAGAGCGGCUGGGCGGGGCUCCGCGGCAUGGGCGCCCUCGUCCCGCCCUGGGGCCAGGAACGCGCUGCAGGUCCCAGCGGUGUCCGCAUCCUCCUGAGCACUGGAGAGAACGUAGUUGGGGGCGUCGGUUUCGGCGCUAGCGAGUGGAUCGAGCCCGUGGGCAGAGCAGGGGCACCUGAACCUCCUGAGGCGAUGGCCAGGAGUGCGGGUCCGCAGCUGCCUACCGUGCAGCCACUCAGGGCUCGAGCUCAGAGACGUGAAGAGGCGGCGGCCAGGGGCGGGGUAGCCGCCACAGGCGUGAGCCAUGCCUCGGCGGUCCGCGAUGUGGUGCAGGCCCAGUGGAUCGGCAACUGGCACCUCGAGUCGGAGAGGUACACGGUCAUGGACCUCGGCGGCACGUCUAACCCCAUGUUCCUCGAGCCGCGGCCGUGGCCAGGAGUCGAGGGGAACGCGACGCAGCGGCGAGCACGAGGAGGAGGUGACGGCGAACUCGACAGCGAGCAGUACGUCAAUGGUUGGGCCGCGAGCAUCGGAGGGUUCCUUCCUGCCGAGGGGAACAACCUUGUGACUUCAGCGGCGGCAUCGGAGGCCCUACAGGACAGCCGCUCGACGGGGAGCAGCGCGGCAGCCCUCUCGGCCACCGCCGUCGCGUUCAGCGUCCUGGGGCACGUGCUCAGCUACGCCUGCGUGGGCGAAGGAGAGGAUACCCAGGAGAUCGCGGCGUGCACCAAGUGUGGCGCCCACAAGGUGCUGGGCGGACACGCAGGAGGCAGGUCCCGCCUGAAGAUGCAAUGCCCAGGGCCCAGCAACCUGACCAACAAGUCGAGGGACCAGCGCAGCCUGUGGGAGCGAGGGCUCCACCCUGGUGGCAGGCCUCGGGAGGACAGGCAGAGGGCGAGAGCAGAGGGCAUCCCUGCCUUGCGCUCGCAAGGACCAGUGCCAGGUCACGCCCAGGAGCGGUACCUGGAGUGGAUCGGCAUGGAGGCGGAGCCGACUGGCGGAGCCUCCACCGCGGCCAGCAGAUCGGGCAGCGGCCCAACGGCUCCAGAGGCAGGGCGGUAUGUAGUUGAGCCGGCGGCGGCCAGCCUGCCCCAGCAGCGGCCAGGGCCAAGUGCUGGCCCCCACGGCGCAGGCGGCGCCGUCGUGGGGGAGCCCGCAGCCGCGGAGCCAGCGCCCAGCGACGGACUGGUGGGCCGUAGGGUCUGCCGCCGCCUGGCACGCCGCGGCUCUGAGUCGUCUGGGAGUGAUUGA